AGGUUCCUUCUGAGUCAUGCAGGCAGAGUGGAAGUAACCCCUCCCACAGCCCUGGACUGUUAAAUAGCCCUGCUGCCUGCAUGUGCCCCUCUCAGAGCCAGCAGGAGCUCAGCAAAAGGAGGCCGAGGGAGGAAGGAAGGAGAAAGAGGGGGAGCUGGAGUGGGCACUCAUGGACCAGCCAAAGGGUAGCAAGCUGAGGAAGGGUUGCCGUCCCAAGUACAUCAUCACAGGAUUUCUCUUCGUGGGAGCUGUGAUUGCUUUAAUUGCCGUGGCUGUUUCACAGAACCAUCCUUCGACAAGGAAUAGUAAAUAUGGGAUUGUGCUGGAUGCUGGUUCUUCUCAUACCAAUAUGUAUAUAUACAAAUGGCCAGCAGAGAAAGAAAAUGACACCGGAGUGGUUCAGCAGGUAGAUGUGUGUGAAGUAGAAGGUCCAGGAAUUUCAGGCUAUGCCAGUGAUGUGGGAAAYGCUGGUCCUUCCYUAAAGCACUGCAUGGAUAAGGCAAARGAGAUAGUGCCACAGAGAAAGCAUCRUGACACACCUGUUUACCUGGGUGCAACAGCUGGCAUGCGGUUGCUGAGGAUGGAGAAUGCAAGUACUGCUAAAGAUGUCCUCUCCGGGGUAGAGGCAACAUUACGCUCAUACCCCUUCAACUUCCGUGGGGCCAGGAUCUUAAGUGGUGAGGAAGAAGGUGCCUAUGGCUGGAUCACUCUAAAUUACCUACUGGGAAAUUUCAAAGAGUCUAUCUGGCCUAAUUUUUUGCCCCGUCUCUUUGUCCGUCCUGGGACAAUAGGGGCUCUGGAUCUUGGGGGAGCUUCAACACAGAUCACCUUUGUGCCACACCAGAACAGCAUUGAGUCAUCUCAAUAUAUGUUGAAUUUCCAUUUGUAUGGAAAGACCUAUAGUGUGUAUACACACAGUUUCCUCUGUUAUGGAAAGGAUCAGGCACUCCGGCUCAAGAUACUGAAUGAAGUCAAGGGCUCAUCCACUGCCCAAAUUCAAGAGCCAUGUUUCCACAAAGGCUAUGAGAGGACUAUUAAUAUGAUUGACCUGAGCAAAAACCCUUGCACGGCAAGCAGUUUCCGCCCUAAAUCCUACACCAGUCUCCUCAUUGAGGGUACUGGGGAUUAUGAACAGUGCCUGAUUGGCAUUGAGGACAUCUUCAAUGGUGUUGGCUGCCCUUCUUCCAGCUGCUCAUUCAAUGGCUCUUUCUUGCCUCCACUGUCUGGCCAAUUUGGGGCAUUUUCUGCUUACUAUUAUGUAAUGAAAUUUCUGAACAUGACACAACAACCUAUGGAUGAAGUGAUAAAGGCACUGAAGAACUUCUGCUCCGAACCCUGGGCCAAGGUAAAGGCUGACCAUCCUAAGAUAAAAGAGAAGUACUUGAGUGAGUACUGCUUCGCAGGAACUUAUGUAAUCUCACUUCUCGGCAACAGAUAUAACUUCACUAAGGAGAAAUGGUCGGACAUUCAUUUCUUGGGAAAGAUUCGUGACAGUGAUGCUGGAUGGACUCUGGGCUACAUGCUUAACUUGACAAAUAUGAUCCGUGCAGAGCAGCCCUAUAUACGUCCACUUUCCCAUGCUGGCUAUAUUAGUAUCAUGGCCAUCUGCUCCACUAUGGUAGUGUUGCUGGUCCUCGCAGGGUUCAUAAUUUAUCGCAAACCGAAGUGCUUGAAAAAGGAAGCAAUUUAGAGCGGUAUAGUCCACAGCAAAAUUUCCGUGAGCUUCAGAACUUAGUGUUCUUCUUCUGAAGCAAAUGACUUUGUAUGAGGACUUCCUUGGCCACCUCCACUGGCACUCAAAGAUGCCAAAAACAGCAUGCUGCAAACUUUCUCCCAUCUUCCUUAUUUUGGAUAGGGGAUUGAUGAUGGAGACCUUGUGUGCCAUAUUAAAACAACAACUUCUCUCAGGUCCGUCCUUUCAUGUAUUGCCUUGGUCCCAAAAAUGCAACACAGGAGGCACCCUGUCGGGAACAACUGACUGAACAAUGGGAAGACAGACUGUGCCUGGCAGGUCCAGGUGAGCUCAGGGUUGUAUAUCUUUCGCACCUCUGGAAAGGUCAAUGGCCAUCUGGAAAUGCUACCUGUGGAUCUCCCCCAUUCAUGGUGAUUUAUCUCAAUCACCAUCCAGUCAUAAUUGAUUUAUGUGGACAUCUGCUGUGUGAAGACUUUUGGAGACUUUUUAUCAUAAACUGUCUAUGUGGCCAAUCAUUAGCUGGGAGAAGGGGAAGGAACCUUAAAUGUUCCCUUUCACAAGACUUUUGUGGAGAGAAUAUCCAACUGCCACUUGCCUGGAACCACUGAACGGAUCCACUGAAGGACCAAUGAACUCCAAGGCAAUGAACUAUCUGUGAAAUGUUUGGAUUAGUCAAUGUGAACCACAGCCAUCCGCUUUCUUUAGGUUGUGUAGACUACAGAAUCUGAGGCCAGAUGUUGCAGCCUCCCAAUGUUUCCAUGGGCAAAAUGAUCAGUCAAAAAUUGUGGGGUGGCGCUAGGGAAGGGGAGGUGGGAUACAUUCCUUGCAACUUCAUUUACAUGCAUGCAGUGGAGGAGCUAUGCGCAACAAAGGGCCUUUCCCCCGUAUUCCUAGGGAAAAAAAAUCUUUUUAGUGUGUCACUAAAAAUCUCACAAAGAUUAAUUGAUUUGCACUUUGAUGUUCAUGGAAAUAAGGGACUCAAGCAGUGAAGGACUUCCCAAUCUUCGUCUGAUCAAUAUGGCUGGAGUUUUCUCCCCAAUGAAUUGUAGCAAUCGACCAAAUGGAGCCAAGUAAUUUUAUUAGUGCCUCCAUAGGGCACACAUAUUAUUUAGAGAACAAUAAGUGGUACCUCUGAGCAUAUGGUCAUCCUUCGAAUUUGCUUCCCUUAUUAAGACUGGGUAUUCAGUUUUCUCACACAGAAAUAUCAUUCCAGUUUUCCCUCCAUUUUUAAAAUUUUAGCAUCUUUUGAAGGGCAUUUGGUUAUUUUACCAAUUAAUUGUUGAUCUACCAGGUCAACAUGAUAUUUAUUUUGACCAUUCCUGAUGGGGCACUGAUUGGUAAACAUAAUCUUUGUGUUGUCGAAAGCUUUCAUGGCCAGAAUCACUAGGUUGCUGUGAGUUUUCCAGGCUGUAUAAAAUGUUUCAGAAGCAUUCUCUCCUGACAUUUCACCCACAUCUAUGGCAGUCAG